AUGCCCACUCAACCGCCCCUCCCUCCCCUCCUGGCACCCUACGUAUCGUCUUUACCCCCCUCAUCUCUCAUCGUUCUCUCCACCGUCCUCGGCGCUCAGGGCAAUUGGCUCACCUUACGAUAUCUCUACGCCGCACUGAAUGCAUCACUCACCUCCGACGCUGCGCUAAGUUUCGGCGAAGGUCAUAAUAGGAAGAAACAAAAGGUGGUGCUCGUGAGCUUCCUGCGAGGUUGGGAAUUUUGGCGCGCGGAAGCAAAAAGAUUGGGCUUGGAUCUCGCCCGUCUCACAGACAAGCGCCAAUUUGCCUUUGUCGAUGGCUUAUCCGAACUCUUCGCCGGUCCGCGCACGACGCCGACGCCGUCCACCCCCCAGACCACCACCCAAACCACUCCUCCCUCCCUAGCACCCUCACCCCGCGGCGGCCCUGUUCCUCAGCGGACAAUUCUCCCCAACCGAUCCGCGCCAAGCCCCAUUCCCGCGCGCGGGCCCGCGGUCGCCGCCCCAGCUCCGUUUGCUCCGGUGGCUCCGUCAGCUCCGCCAGCUGCGCCGGCUUCUCGAGAGGUCGGCCCAGUCAAGCGACUGCACCUUUCCGGAAAGGGGCCUGCAGCUCUUGACAGACUCGAGAAGGAUAUCGCGGCGGUGGUGGGGCAUCUGAACGGGAGGGCGGCGGCUUCGGCGGAGGGAGAGGACGAUUCCGAGGUGCUGUUAGUCCUCGACCAACCGGACCUGCUUCUAGCCGCGACGGGUCCCGGCAAGGAGAUUGGAGCUACGGAAAUGACUGAGUGGGUGAUGGGCCUACAACAGUACGUCCAUGCUACGGUCAUGACCCUCGCGGCAGACUUGCCCUUGAUACACAACGCCUCGGCGGCUGGGCAUCAGAUGCCAACGCCGCUGGAGACCGAACACGCCGCGUUUGCGAUCGGUUCGGCCCACCGCGCGCAUCUGGUGAUGCAGUUGCGGGAUCUGGAUACGGGGGCCGCGCGGGAUGUGAGUGGGGUUCUCAGGGUAAGUAAAGGAGGCGCGUGGGGACAGAGCGACAACACCGAUGCCAACGGGAAUUGGGAAGAGAAGGAGGCUUUGUACUUCGUGCAAAGAGAUGGUGGAGUCAACGUCUUCGGACGCGGGGAGUAG